GGCGGCGGUACGAUCUUCAAGUUUGACCAAGUGCUGUCUCCCAACGUAGAUCAAGCUGGAGUGUUUCGGUUGGUGGCAUCCGACGUCGUGGACGGAGCCUUGAGUGGCUACAACGGCUGCAUCUUAGCUUACGGCCAAACGGGAGCAGGCAAAACCUUCACCAUGUCUGGAGGGGGGCCCCGUCGCCGCUUCGAGGAUCGCGGACUCAUCGCUCGAGCGCUCUCUCGCGUAUUCCAACGCACGCAGCAGGACGCCGACCAUUCCUACACGCUGCGUAUGUCGUAUCUGGAGAUUUACAACGACCGCCUCAUCGAUCUGCUUGCCCCAGACGUCGGUAGCUCGGGCACUGGCAAUGGCUCGAACGACUUGGCAAUCCAGGAGAAUGCUCGUGGCCAGACGUUCGUGCGGGGCCUCACGACUGCGCUCGUGUCCAGCGAGGAGCAGGCAUUGGACCUGGUAUUCCAGGGUGAUACGAGUCGCGCAGUGGCUGAGCAUGCACUGAACGCCGCAUCAACUCGGUCUCACUGUAUCUUCACGUUGUACCUGGAGCGCAAGCGGAGUGUAAUGUCCAACCAGUUUAUAGAGGAAGAUGCACCUGGGGAUGAAGUCACAGGAUCCACGCUCAGCGAAGAUGGCGUCGUGUACAGUAAGCUGCAUUUGGUUGACUUGGCGGGUUCGGAACGUAUGAAGAAGACACUGACAGAGGCAGGUUCGACACGGGCCAACGAGGCCUGCUACAUUAACCGGUCGCUGACAUUCCUGGAGCAGGUCGUGCUCGCGCUGGGCAGCAAGACCCGAGCGCACGUGCCGUUUCGACAGACGCCUCUGACCAACUUGCUGAAGGACUCGCUGGGUGGCAACUGCCGCACGCUGUUGGUGGCUUGUGUGUGGCCAUCUCCGUCUCACGCCGACCAAAGUCUGGCAACUCUGCGCUUCGCGGCGAGGAUGCGUCGCGUCAAGACGCAGGCUGUUGUCAACGUUGUGGCGUCGAGGUCUGGUGCAGCGGGAUCAAAGCUGGCUAGUGAGGAGCGUGCUGCCUUCCGCGAUGAGAUCCGGAGACUGCGCGAGGAGCUGGCGCUGUAUGAUGCGAUUGCAGGGCGAACACGGAUCCCGCACGAAGCCAAGGAGAACUCUGCGCAGGAGGAAAGUUCACGACGGCAGCAGAUCACCUCGUUCUUGGCCAAUGCCGAGCUGAUUCCUCCAGUUCAGAGUCUACGGCAGCUGCAGCGGCUACUGCUCACGUUCCGCUCCAUUUGCCUGGAAAUGAAGGCGCCUCUCGACCCGGCACCAAAUCUGCCAAGAAAAACGGGGAGCAAGAUGGUGGCGCAGAUCCGCGCGCUGCGAGGUCAUACGCCGCCUGGCCCCAGUCCGUCAUCUGCGCCUAGUAGCACCAACUGCAGCAGCAGCAGCAGCAGCAGCGCCAACGACAACAAAAAGAGCAACAACAACGGUCUUGAUGGUGUGGGGGUUGUGCUGCCCCCAAUUUUUGGAGACAACCAGAGACCAGAGCGUGGUGCAUCGGCGCUUUCCGCCCCCAGAGAGAGCGACAAGGAGCUGUUCGAUCGCUUCAAGUCCGUGGGUGGCGCUGACCCUGGCGCCGAGGCUCUGCGUGACCUAGAGCAGGCCAAGCUGAACCUCCGGGAGGCAAAGGCGCAAUACGCAGCGCUGGCGCUGACUGUCAACCGCGUGAAACUGGAGAUCGACGGCUACGCGCUCCAGCUGCAAGAACUGCGAGAUCGCAGCACGCCCGACCUGGCGGACGAGGUCGAGAUCGAGCGCCAAAGCGUCCCGCUGCUGCAGCUCCAGGACGCAAAGAGGCGGUAUCGCGCCGCGUUUGAGCAACUCCAGGAGAAGAAGGCGGAGGUGGGCUACUUGGGCAAGAUCAAAGCGCAGAUGCUGCAGCAGGUGGCGCUGCAGUUCCAGGCCUGGAAGGACCGACAAGAAGGCCCCGAAACAGUGGCAGGCGAGUGGCCCGGGUGA